AUGGCAUACAAUCACGCGGCGCCAUCCCAGACUCUGGAGCCGGACAUCUCACUUGGCGCCGGGCCGAGCCGUUUGCAGAUCGAGCCAUUUGGAGACAGUCCCCAACCCGAGUUUGACUUGCAAAACGGCGCGAUGCUUUCCGGCGGCCCUGCACACUUCGGGAUUGCCAGCCAGAAGCACAUGCGUAGUUUUAGCAAGACGUGUGGCGAAUGCCGCCGGAAGCAUUUGCGCUGUGACUAUUGCGCGCGGGAAGACGAAGCUGCUGCGCUGGCAGUCAAGAACGGCACCUCGCUCCCAAACGUGCGCUGUUCGCGAUGUGCGCACCGUAACAUCGAAUGCGUACAGGUGAAUUCGUCCAUGUCGCGCUACUUUCCACGGCCUAGCCGCACUGGCCGGCGCAUCGAGCUGGGCCGACAGCUGCAUGGCUAUCAGGUAUACCCCGACAAGGAGAGCAACGGAGAGACAUGCACCCAAGACGCCUUGGCGCUGUCCUGGCCGCGAAUUUACCUGCGCAUGCUGCUUUAUUUUUUUUCCUUUACACAUACCUACCUUCCUGUUGUGCACUACGACCGGUUUGUCAAAGCGUUCAACCGCUCCUACGGCGAUACCCACAUGAUGUCGAUUUACUACAACCAAGAUACAAGCGCAGCGCCCUACGGGCCACUUUUACAGGACGAAAUUUCGGGCGACGUUUUAUCUGAAUCGACACCAGAGACGAUGGAGAUGAUGAUUGUCGUGAUGCUCGCGUCGGCAGCGCACCACGUCGAUCUUCCUUUUGAAUCGCUGGACUUUUCCAUCUUUAACAAAAUGGGUCGCGUCUCGCUCGUAGAUGCCAUCCUCAACGACUCCGUCCUUGGUUAUUGCCGCAAGCCCCAAGAAGCGAUGAACGGAUACGGCAAGCAGCGCCAAAAACGGCGGCAGGGCGUGGCGUGCGAUACGUGCCGCUUGCGCCGCGUGCGCUGCGACUUGAUGGAGCAGCCGCCCGGCAGCAAGGCAUGCUCGCGGUGCCGCGUCAAGCGCAUUGUAUGCACGGACCGCUACAUCCAGUGGAAACGGCAGCGGGGCAUGCAAAAGCAUGCAAGUGCAGCGCCGGGUGAUUUUCGCGCGCUGCCCGCGUCUGUAACAAAUUUGCAGCUUCUUCCUAGCUACUGGGAGUUUGAGUUUACAGAGCACUACAUGCCUGCGCGCCUGCACCUGUCCCAGCAAGAGAUUCUUGAGCAGGGCGUCGUUCGCGAGCAAGCGUGCAACCUGCUAAUUAACCGCGCCUUGCUCCUCGUCCACAAAUACAACCUGCUGCAUGUGCGCAACAUGCAAACGGUACGCUCUCUUUUGCUGCUGUCCAACUUGCUGGACUAUUCACGACCGCGAAUGUCGUAUGAGUCGCAGCGCAUUGCAAUACUCCAUCUGCAAGCGCUCUGCACGCCCGUUUGGCUCGACUUGAGCGCGUGGGAAACCGGCGGCGCGAGCCGCGCAACGACCCAGCUUUUUCGCGAGAAAUCACAGGUUAUUGGGUGGACGCGCGACGCGAUUUUUAAUGUCACGCACAAGCAACGACCGGAAAUGGCCCCGGAUUGGUUUUCGCUCGGGGUGCAGGAAGGGGGAAAGUGGACGGAGCUGGGAGCAAAGGACUUGGACACCUACCUGCACUCUGACACGCCUAUUGAAGUAGCCGCCUUUUUCUUUUUUGUGCUGCACGCAAUGAUGGGAAAGUAUGCGCACGCACUGUACCGCAAUAUCAUGGCGCCGCUUGCGCAGAAGCGUGCAUUGAGUGCGGCGGAAGUCGACGCGAUUGUCCAGGCAUGCCUCGCGCUUUGGAGCGACCUGCACCUGGUCGAAAAAUCGCUGCGCUUUUCCGCGCUGCACGGCGCAUCCUUCUUCCACGCGAUGCCGACCAUCAACCCUAUUCUGUGGAUCUUGUCGUCCUACUUCCUUCUUUUUCUGCUGUACCAGGCCCUGUUUAGACAGCUGCGCGAUUGGUUCGCUUCUGCCUCCUCGCUCUUUUCGCGCACAGACGACGUCGAUCCCGAGAUUGUCCGGCGUCUCUUGCAGAUGAGCCAGGACCGCCUCUUGGGCAUCUGCCGCGUGGUUGCGUGCCUGGUGCGCAACGUCAAGGAAACGGGGGUUUUGUUCCACGCGACGCCCGUGACAAGGCAGCUGUUCCGCGUCGCGCAGAUGCUUGCGCGUACAGAUCCGAUCGAGUCUGUCCAAGCGGCGGCAGAGCACGUCGCAGAGCGCAGCGAGUCGCUGGACGGUGCUUCGAGCGUGCACGCAUUGCUGAACCCCAUUGGCACUUGCGCAUCGCCGCGCGCACAAGAAGAUGCUCGGCCGCAGACGCAGGCGACCAAGGAAAUCGCCGCGCAGAUGGACAAGGUCGUAAAUCUCCCGCUCUCGAGCGAGCUGUUAUCCUACACGGCAGAAGCCAAGCGCGCCGAGAUCGCAUGGUGCAUCGAGGGGCUGGGGCAGAUUGGGUUUGCGUUUGCAGGCGUCGAGCCCGAGAUCCGGCGGGUGGUGGAUAUUGUGCAGGCGCGGUAUUAG